CAGCCACCAGCUUCCGCCGCCGCUGGUUGUCGCCGGAAGCACCACCAAUAGCCACAACAGCUUCAGCAGCGACGGCCUUAAGCUCCCCGUCGAAGAUCUCUCAGCUUUCCACCACAUCUCCCACGACAAUGCCUCUGUUCCAGCACCUGUUGAUCAAAUCCAGAACCAAAACACUAACCAUUUGAUCCACCAGAUGAUUCACGAUUCCUCGUUCGGUCAGUCCAAUUGGGACGAGGGUCCUCAGGAUUUCGUCGUCGACGACCAUCAGAAUUCCGGGUUUGGUAUGAACCCUUCAGCUCAGUUGUCCGAACAUCCAAACCCUCCAACUCCAGAUCUUCUCAGCUUGUUGCACUUACCUAGAUGCUCUGGCUCUGUCUCUUUGCUUCCACAUUCGUCGAUCUCGCUGCCAACUUCGAGCCUUUCGGAUAUCAUGGCUGCCUCUUGCGUUACUUAUGACCCGCCCUAGCCUCCAUUGAUCCCUACGAACGAGUAUUCCCCCCAGGCUGGCUUCUUGCUCGGGAUGGAGAAUCAGAGAGAGGCCGCCAAUGCAGGAGUGCUUUACACGGAUGGGAAUGGCACUCAGUUCGAUAGUGGAAUCCUCGAAUUCACCAAAGAUAUCAGUGGCUGUAUCCGCAAAGGAAGAGGAUCCCGAAAGAACAAGCACUUCACGACGGAGCGUGAGCGUAGAAGUCACUAUAACGAUAGGUUUGAAGCCUUGAAGAAACUCAUUCCAAACCCUACUAAGACAGACAGAGCUUCGAUUCUUGGAGAAGCGAUCGAGUACAUUCAGGAGCUGCUCAGAAGAGUGAGCGAGCUCAAGUAUCUGGUGGAGAAGAAACGGUGCGGGAAUAAGAGACAGAAAACAGAAGAAGAGGAUAUCGAAAACCCGGAAAACAAACCGGAGAUCUACAACAGCAGCAACAGCAACAACUCCUUGAGAUGUUCUUGGUUGCAGAGGAGAUCGAAAGUCACUGAAGUGGAUGUCCGUAUCAUUGAUGAUGAAGUAACCAUCAAAGUGGUGCAGAAGAAGAAGAUCAACUGCUUGUUGUUUGUCUCCAAGGUUCUCGACCAGCUUCAGUUGGAUCUCCACCAUGUCGCGGGCGGACAGAUCGGUGAGCAUUACAGCUUCCUGUUCAACACCAAGAUAUACGAAGGAUCAACGAUAUACGCGAGUGCAAUAGCGAGCAGGGUGAUCGAAGUCGUGGAUAAACAGUACAUGUCUGCCCUCCCUGUCAACAACUACUGAAGCCUUCAUAUGCAUCGUUGCCAUGAUGUGUUUCUCUGCCCUUUCCCUCCUAAUGUUGCAACUCAUCAAUCUCUGUUUUCUUUCUUAGAUCCUUUUAUGUUUGCUUUAAACACAACCUCUAUAAUCUCAGAUAUUGUCCUUUUUUAAUUCA